AUGCACUCAAUUACGAUGGAUCAAUCACCCGACGUUACAAUGGAGUCAGAUCAAAAUAACAACAACGAGAACAGCAGCAACAAUAAUCUGUCGAUAAAGAAGAAUGAAAAAUAUUCGCUUCGACAACGUGGUCAACGUAAAUCGAUUACAAGUAAGCAGUCAAAGACCGCAAGUGGUGGCAACAGUAGAAGCAAAGCGAACUUAAAUAAUUCCACAAAUGAUGAGUCCACAGCUUUAACAACCGUCACAGAGAAGGUGGCGAAAGAGAAACCGAAACAGCGAGCGGCUCCGUUAUCAAAAUAUCGAAGAAAAACAGCAAACGCGAGGGAGAGAACAAGAAUGCGCGAAAUCAAUCAUGCUUUUGAGACUUUAAGACAAUCAGUUCCCGUUAUUGUUGCUGGCUCUCAAGCACAAAGCACCAACGAGAAGCUCACAAAAAUUACUACGCUUAGGAUGGCAAUGAAAUACAUCAAAAUCCUCAGCGAUAUUCUUGACAACAAAACUGAAGUGAGUGACAAUUUGUUGGCAUCAAUAAUGGAAUUUGAUGGAAUCAAUGAGAGAAAAGAUAAGCCGACAUCAGCGCUUCUACCAGCUAUUGUUGUGAAUGUGAAUAACAGAAACAGUAAAGAGAAACUUUCAGUUCCAGGCGGUAAUGUGUUAGCUCAAAAUCAUCAUGAUUACUGUAAGGAAAUCAUCCGUGAUUCGAUUGUGAAGCCCGUAAAAUCUGCAAAAAUGACGUCAAAGAAAUCGGUGAAAGCGAAUAAUGCGAAGACGAAAAAGCCGACGUCAAAAUCGCAUUCCAAAGCCCAGAAGAAUUCCAUCAAACAUCAGCCACUUGCACCGCCAAUCAUCAGCCGAAAUCAAAGGCAAAUCCAUCAAAGCUUAAACAAUCACGAUGCGAAAUUCAUUAACCAACUUUUGGGUGGCAACUUCAAUCAAACGAUGUUACAAAGUAAUAACAUCAACAAUAAUAGUUUGAAUUGUUUGAGUAAAUACGACUUGAGUCCAUGUUUAACACCACCUAAUGACGAUAGCCCAGCUGAUUUGGGUUUGAUUCUUGAAUCUGAUGGCGAAUCAUUGCAAUUAUCUGAACCAUGCUUCAGUCCAUUGGAACUUGGUUUACUUGGUCUUGAGUCAGACGGCGAAUCACUUCAUCUCUCCGAACCAUGUUUAAGUCCGCUUAAUCAUCUCGAUGCCCUCAAUUCCUUCAAUGAUCUUCUCCAUGGUGGAUUCAGUGAACAUAACUCUCUUGAAAUGUAUUUGUCAUGA